AUGCCUGAAGCAGUUCUUGCUGGAGUUCAAACUCUUACAGUGGUUGUUGACUCGUUAUGCCUUGACUGCUUCCAUGUUUUCCCUGAAUUUCAUCAGUUCCAGGCUCAAGUGCCUGUUCAUCCAUCUUCAUUCCAAACAAAGCAAUCUCAGCUUACAUAUGCUGGGCAACAUCUCUGUGCCCGCGAUGACGCUUUUUAUUUGCUUCAAUUUAAGAAAGGCCUCACAGUUGUUGAUCAAAAUAUACAUGACUGUGACAAUGAGACCCGAGCCAAGACUUUGUCCUGGAAUGUUACAGGAGAUUGUUGUCAAUGGGAUGGUGUAACUUGCAAUGGAUUUACGGGUCAUGUCAUAGGCCUCGAUCUUUCUUGCAGCAUUCUUAACCAGACCAUCAAUGCUAACAGCAGCCUCACUAAACUUGGUCAUCUCCAAAGACUCAACCUUGCCUUCAGCCAGUUUGAUGACGACUUUCCACUUGGACUAAGUGAACUCAGUAGUUUGACACAUCUCAAUCUUUCGAAUACUGGAUUUAAUGAAGGGGAGAUACAGAUUCCACCAGGAUUAUCCAAGUUGGUUUCACUUGACCUCUCCUCGAAUGACUUCCAAGUUGGCCGAACAACCUCCAGAAGUUUGCUUCAGAACUUAACCAAUUUGGAGGUACUGUUGCUUGACAGCGUGGACGCACCAUUUGAGUUACCUAAGAAUUUUCCUUCUUCCCUUAGGUACUUAAUUCUUCAAGACACCAACAUGUGUGGGAACAUAAGUGAUUCUCAGUUUUUUCAUCUACCAAACUUGCAAGUGCUGAGAAUGGGAUGGAAUCCUUUAUUAACAGGCACUUUGCCUAAUUUCAAUUGGAGUUUCAGUACAAGUAUUUUAGAGUUGGACUUUUUCUAUACUGAUAUUUUUGGUAAGGUACCUGAUUCAAUCGGCAACCUCCAUUCUCUUUGGUAUUUAGAUCUCUCUUUAAACCGUUUAUCCGGCUUGAUUCCAGUAUCCGUUGGCAACCUCAGUGGAAUUAGAGUGUUGACACUUUCAAGUAACAGCUUCACUGGUAAUGUUCCCUCAACUAUCUCAAAAUUAAACAAACUCGUUGAUUUAGAUCUCUCUUUCAAUGAUUUUCAAGGCUCGAUUCUAGAAUCCAUUGGUAACCUAACUGCAAUCACAAAGUUGACACUUUCAGGUAACAACUUCACCGGAAAUGUUCCCUCAACUAUCAAAAAGCUGAAAACACUUAACUACUUAACUCUCUCUUUCAAUAAUUUUGAAAGCUCAAUUCCAGACAACUUCGCCAACUUUUCAGAGCCAUCUUUUUUAUACUUGCAAACUAACAAUUUCACUGGCCCACUUCCCUAUUUGAUUGCAACCUUGACUCGCCUUCAAGAAUUAAACUUGCAAAACAAUUUACUAACUGGUCCACUUCCCUCUAAUUUAAGCAGACUUCAAGAGUUAGAAACACUUGAUUUUUCCUUCAAUUAUUUCAAUGGCACAAUACCCCCUUGGUUAUUCCGUCUUCCAUCCUUGGUUUCUUUAUCUAUUCAAUACAAUGAAUUAACUGGGAAAUUGCCAAAUGAGCUCAAGAGCAUUACGUUGGCGACGUUAGAAUUGAUCUUCGGAACAACAAGCUGCAUGGAGAAAUCCCUGAUUGGAUAUUAUCUAUGA